CAAGCAGCCAUCGUACUUCAAUUCAAGAAGCCAGACAGGUGGCCAUGGACGCCGGAGCCGCGGCAUUGAGGUCUCCUCCUCUCCUCCUCCUCAACUGAUGGUGGGCACCCUCUUCGCGCUCGGCCAGGAGUCCCGGCUGCGCAUCCUCCAGCAGGCGGCGGCACGCGUCCCCGGCUGUGCCUACCUCUGCGCCUGGGCGCCCCUCCCAGCCCAGCCGGCUUCUUGUUCAUCAUCAUCCUCAGCUGCCACCAGCGCCCAACUGUUGUGCUGCCUGGAUGCAUGGCUCUGCGACGGCGGCGGCGGCGGUGACGGCGGCCGCGUGCGCGCGCUGUUCGACGCGUACCGGGGGUCGCUCUGCGCAGCCGUGAGCGGGUGCGUGCCGGGGUGGGCGUACAACGACGGCUGCGCGUACAUGGAGCUGCCGGCGCAGGACCUGACGGCCUCGGCGUCGCUGCCGGUGCAGCAUCAGUUCUACCAGGAAGCUGGCAUUAAGAUGGCCGCUUUCAUGGCAUGCGAAAGCGGCGAGAUCGAGGUCGGUAUGUCGACUGCGGCGGCAAGCGCGUCGCCAAUAAACUUGGAGGCGAGCUUACAGCAGGUAUUCUCGGAGGACUUCUUCCAGCAGUCGCUGCUUGAGGAGCUGCUCCACCUGCCGCCGACGCAGCCGUCGUCGCCGUCAUCCUUGCUGCCGUCCGUUUCCGUGGAUAGCCCCGCGGCCGAGGGCUCGACGUCACUCCUCCGCAUGAUGGCCGUGACGUCGGCCGCCACGCCGUCCCCUAGAGAGCGGCAGGUGCCUGUGCCGCUGCCGCUCCACCCGCGCCCGCCGCUUCCAGUCCCAUUCGGCUGGCACGGCCACGUCCACUUCCCAAGCGCCGAGGCCGACGACGCCGCGAUGGCGCAGGCGAUGCUCGCCGUCAUCUCCGCCACGUCGUCAUCGGCGCUUCCUACUCCGUCCAUGGCAACGCCUCCUACGGGCAACCACCGCGAGCACCGAUCGCCGCGGUGCCGGGGGACGACGGCGUUCCGGGCGUACAACGCGGCGCUUGCACCCAGGGGGCCGCGGCGGCAACCGGGCGCGCCCGGGCAGCGGAUGCUCAAGAUGGGCAUCUCGAUCCUGAGGAGGAUGCACAUGCUUAGGUUCAGCCGGGAGCGCACCGCAGGCUCCCCAAUGGCGCACCGGGGGCAGGAGGAUGAUGCGGAGCCGCCGGCGCCGACGAGCAGCCAACUGAACCAUAUGAUAUCGGAGCGGAGGCGGCGGGAGAGGCUCAACGAGAGCUUCGAGGUUCUACGGGGGUUGCUUCCUCCGGGAUCAAAGAAAGACAAGGCUACUGUCCUUGCCAAGACACUGGACUACAUGAACAUUCUGGUAGCCCGAAUCUCCGAUCUUGAGGCGACGAACCGAAGUCUUGAGAGCCGAGCUAACCAGCGCUCCAAUGGCGGCUUAAAGGAAAGGUCAUACUCCUCGGAGCAACAAGUGGUGGUGCUCCAAGGGUUGACAGGCACGCCGGAGAGGGUGCAAGUCCACGUGAGUGGCGCCGCCUCGUCAUCGUCGUCGUCCUUGGUGCCUCCGGAGGUGACCGUGCGGGUGGCGGUGCGGGCGGAGGGCGACGUGGCGGAGCUGGUGGCCCGUGUGCUCGGGGUGAUCAAGGAGACGAGGUGUUUCACAGUGGUAGCCGUCGACGGCAGGCGGCCGAGCGAUGGCGUUGCUCAGACCACCUUUACACUGCAAGCAACGGCGGGUGAAUUCGACGAGGAGUCACUCAAGGAAGCUGUGACGAAGGCUACCGAGGAUUCGGCGACACCGCCGUCGUCAGACGAUUCGUAGUAGGUCUCGGUUUUGACCAGAAACCCCCGGCCAGCAGCAUGGCAUGGGCACCCGGGAUGGAUGGAUGUGGUGAUGCUCCAACGAUGAUCAUAGCUAGUGUAGUGCCGCACGAAUCAGGAGUCCAGAGGACACGUGCCAUGGCUUCUCUUUCCGUUGUUCCUUUUCUUUUUCUUUUUCUUUUUCUUUUCUAAGAGUGAUCUUGAUGCUGUACGAUUCUAUUAAUUUAAUAUAACAAUAAGAGUUAAUAUUUAAAAAAAA